ACUGCCCAGGCAAGGCUGGAGAGUGCUCAAGGAAGCAGGCAGGUGGGCUGCAGUUCUUGGAAGGGUUCAUUAAUGAAAACCCCGAAGCCUGACCACCUGGGGAGAAAGGCUCUCCGUUCCCAUAUUAGCUGAUAAGGGCCAGGAGAUUCCACAGUUCAGGUAGUUCCCCCGCCUCCCUGGCGUUUUGUGGUCACCAUUAAUCAUUUCCUCUAACUGUGUAUAUAAGAGCUCUUUUGCCCAGUGAGCCCAGUACUCAGAGAGAAAGGCUAAAGUCCUCAGGAGGAUGUGGCUGCAGAACCUGCUUCUCCUGGGCACUGUGGUCUACAGCAUCUCUGCACCCACCAGCCCGCCCAGCCCUGUCACCCGGCCCUGGAAGCACGUGAUUGCCAUCAAAGAAGCUCAGAACCUCCUGAACAAUAGUAGUGACACGGCUGCUGUGAUGAAUGAAACAGUAGAAGUCAUCGCUGAAACAUUUGACCCCCAGGAGCCAACCUGCUUUCAGACCCGCCUGGAGCUGUAUGAACAGGGCCUGCGUGGCAGCCUCACCAAGCUCAAGGGCCUCUUGACUAUCAUAGCCAGCCACUAUAAGCGCCACUGCCCCCUGACCCCGGAAACUUCCUGUAUGACCCAGAUUAUCACCUUCAACAGUUUCAAACAGGACCUGAACGACUUUCUGUUUGUCAUCCCCUUUGACUGCUGGGGCCCAGUCCAGAAGUGA